GCUGUGUGCAGACCAACCACUGUGUUCUAAUAGCUGCUCUUGUUUUGAGGCUGUCUUCCUGUUCUUCAGGGUGAGGAACAAUAAGAACCAAAGGGUUGUCCCAAACGCCUGCCAGAAAGCAGAGCGGGCUACGACUACGUUAUGACCUGACUCUAGAAUAUUUGCCAGGUUUUCUUUAAAUGCUAACACCAUGAAGACACAUCUACAGUUUGUUCUCCUCCUAAUUCAGCUCUUUGAAGCCUGUGCAGAGGUGAUCUUUCAGCGGCUGGCAGAGGACCGGUCUCUGGUUCUCUCCUGCACCCCUCAGCAGGAACGGGGUCAUCUGGUGGGACUCCAUCUGUACCACCGCGGCCCCCAGAGCCAGACCACUCUGCUCUCUGUGGCCGAGGGCAGCACAGUCAGGAAGGACCCAGAGCGCGGGGCCCGUCUGCAGCUCAGCGGGGGGCUGAACUCGCCAAGGAUCAACGUUAGCAUCUCUCACCUGCAGCUGAGUGAUACGGGACUUUACAUGUGGGAGCUGAGUUACAGACAGAAGAACAGCUCAGAUCAGGUCCUCCUCGGGGCACAGAGGUACUUCCUGCUGGUGGAAGGGAGGUCAUGUGGGUGCUCUCAUGGUUACAUCCCUCUGCUCCUCACCAUCUCUGCAGCAGCAGGCCUUCUCCUGCUGACAGUGAGCUUGUUGGCCAUGGAGAAAUGUGUAAGAUUAAGGCAUCAUCGCCCACCGCAGCCUCAUUCUCCCAUCUAUGAGGAAAUGAGCAGGAAGCAGCAGAGCGCAGGAAGCCCCAAAAUAACCCAGGAAGCCUCUCUGCAACCGGAGGAAGUCAACUUCCCAGUUUACGCCAACCCAAACAUCCGGCAGCCACAGGACAACUACUACGCCUGUCCCCGACAGCUGGCCGUCAGAGUGUGAACUUCGGCAACACACCGACAGGAAGUGACGUCGACGCGGUCAAUAAAAACAAAGACAGCCAAACGGACAAGAAAAAAAAUGCUAUUUUAUUAAUAUUUGAAAGAAGCUCCAUAGUUCAUGAAAACAUUUGUUUCGGUGCAUGUCAUUUAACAAUCACAUUCUAUGAGGAGAAAGAUAUACAGAGAAAACAAAAAUAAAACAUUACAAGCCACUGACUUCUCAUUAACUCUCAGUAACAACAUUUUUACUUAUUUAAAAAAAAAAA